AUGGUAGGAUUUGGACGAGGUAGAGAUGCACGAGGUGGAGGUGGAGGUGGUCGUGCAGGUGGCAGUAUUGGAGUUCAUGACAGUUCUACAGCGACGUCAUCCUACAGGGCUAAUGCACCAUUGACAAGGCUUGAGCGCUCUUCUCAACCACAAGCAUCUCGGGUACACAUAUUAGCACCUUCAAAGACGAGACAUUCAAGUCAACCUUGUCAAGAACCUAAUGGAUCACAGUCAUCAAGAAUUGUUAUCGAAAGUGUGCAUCCCACUGUAGAGACUGAAAGUGUUGCGGCUUCUUGCAACAAAUCCAAUAAAGGAAGAGGGAAAUACAAAUCUUUACUUGUAGAUAUGAAAACUAAGCAUGGUAGUAAAAUUUCUAUUGUCAUUCCAGAUGACAUUGAGAGAGCUGUAGGUCCCGGGUCUAGGGACAUUUUUAACUAUUGUGGUUUGAUUAUGUGUAGCACUAUCUUAUUUAGAGAUGGUGAUUGGCAAGAAAUAAUCACAAAACAUGGAGAUGCGAUGUGGUUGAAGGAUAAAUUUGAAGCUACCGGAGUUCGAGAGCAUGUAUUGCAAGCUCUUGUGGUCAAUACUAUGAAAAGGCUUUUAAGAACAUGGAAGACUCGAUUGCAUGUUGAAUACUCUCGCUAUGCUACUGAUGAAGAGAGAUUAUCUCAUAGGCCAAGUGAUGUUACACCUGAGGAUUGGGUAUUUUUGUUAGGACAUUUUGGAAGUCCAGAACUCAAGGCUGUGAGUCAGCGAAACAAAAUAAACAGGGGAAAACAAAUAACUAAACACUCAUGUGGCUCAAAGUCAUUUGCUGUAGUGGAGGAAUCAACCAGAAAUCCUGUUAAUGGACAAAAUGCACCACCGGAUCGAGUUUGGGAGCUCCAACAUACUCGUAAGAAUGACAAAGAAGAAUGA